AAAGUUCAACAUAAAGCAAAAUGAGAAUGAUAAUGUACGCUACUACUUUUCAUACCAAAUUUGGUUUCUCCUUUCUGUCUCCAUUUAUUCAAAAGGUAGUUCACCCACCAUUAUUGACCUCUUCAAAAUCUUUAUAUACUUCUAACAAAUUCAAUCAAACAUCUGUCUUCUCACUCAUUAAAGCUCAACAUUUCAAUAUUCUCCCAACAAAGCCAUUUAAUCAUCUUCAAGAUUCCAUUUUUUUUCAUUCCAAUUCUAGUCAAGGUAUGCUCGGGAAAGUUUUAGUUGUCUUGUUGGUUUCAGGUCUAGCAUGGGCAUUCCCAGCCCUCCUACCUCCACCUCCCAGAAUCUGUGGCUCUCCUGAUGGUCCAACAGUUACCGGACCUAGAAUCAAACUUAGGUAUGGAAGACAUUUGGCUUAUAAGGAGCAUGGUGUACCCAAAGAAACGGCCAAAUAUAAGGUCGUAUAUGCACAUAGCUUUGGUUCUACGAGAUAUGAGUCAGCUAUUGCAUCCUUGGAAACACUUGAAGAAUUAGGGGUGUAUGUUGUCUCUUUUGAUAGACCUGGUUAUGGGGAAAGCGAUCCACAUCCAAAACGAACCAUACAAACUACAGCUUUGGAUAUGGAAGAGCUUGCUGAUCAACUCGGACUUGGCCCAAAAUUUUAUGUUAUGGGGUAUUCCAUGGGUGGUCAUUCAGUUUGGGGUUGCCUUAAGUACAUCCCUAAUCGGUUAGCUGGAGCAGCUCUAGUUGCUCCCGUUGUCAAUUACUGGUGGCCUAGCUUUCCUGCUAAUUUAUCCACAGAAGGAUACAAUCUACAGCUCACACAGGACCAAUGGGCACUUCGAGUUGCACAUUAUGCGCCUUGGCUAGUCUACUGGUGGAACACUCAGAAGUGGUUCCCGUACAAUAGUGUUUUAUCUGGAAAACUCAAAAUGUCUCCCCCAGAUUUAGAAGUUGUUUCCAGAUCUGCUAAGCAUGCAAACGAAAUGCAAAAACUAAAGGAAUAUGCUGUAAAGCAAGGAGUAUUUGAGUCCCUUCACCGUGACAUGAUGGUGGGUUUCGGGAAAUGGGAUUUUGAUCCUAUGGAUCUUAAGAACCUUUUCUCAAAUGGUUCGAUCCACUUGUGGCAUGGUGAUGAAGACUGGGUUGUGCCUGUUAUAUUACAGCGUUACGUCGUAGAAAGGCUUCCAUGGAUAAACUACCAUGAAAUACCUAAUGUUGGACAUCUAGUUAUGCAUGAUCCAGCCAUGAAGGAGGUUAUCUGGAAGACAUUUUUGACAGGAGAGAAAGAACAAAUAGUGCAGUCUUAAAGAGGAAAAAUGAAAAUUACUUGUGAGAAAAAUCUUUCUAAAUUGUUCUUUUUUUGAUUCCCAACUAUACAUUCCAAUAUUAUUGUAAGAAUUAUGUCCACCUUGUAAUUGUUAAAAAUAUGCACAAUUUUUAAAAAUUGUUUUUGGCGUUUGUCUCAACUCUCAAGUGACUA